UAUCUAUGAAUGUAUAUUUACCAUAUAUUUACUUUUUAGGUUAUGUAAAAAGUUAAACCUUAAUUUAUACUGCUUCAGAAGGCAAUAUUUCAAAUUUUAAGACACAAUGCCGUUUAUGAAAGGACAGGCUCCUGUAAGGAGAACUCUGAGAUAUUUAGAAGCAGGAAAGUUAGUUCUGAAAGAACAAAUUAAAGUUUUUACUGUGAAUUAUAAUAUUGCUGGUGACCAUCAUCAAGGAGCUAAAGAAUUUGCGUUUUGGUUUUUACCACAAAUUCAAUAUAAAAAUCCAGAUGUACAAAUAGAAGCUUUUAAAAAUAUGACACCUUCUCCAUUUAUACGUGUUUUUUAUGAAACUGGCCAUCAAAUGCUGAUUGAUUGUGAUAGUAAAACAAAAGAAGAAAUACAUGAUCAUUUAAUGAAAGUCAUUGGGAAAACUGGGGAAGUUCUAAAAGCAGAGGAAGUAGCAAGAGAAAAGAAAGACAACCCUGCAAACUUUGGUGUGGGCUGUGAAAAGCAUUGCAUCUGUGAAAUACCUGGUCAAGUUCCAUGCCCUGGUAUAAUUCCAGUACCAAAGUAUAUGAGAGGAAAAUACAAAUAUGCUCAAAAAUAACUGUUUAUGUAGAGUAGUAGAAAUAUAUAUUUAUUGUUUUUCAA